CCUUAUCAGAGGAGCUGAUUCUGGAGCUGUUUGUUUGGAUGGAACAUUGCCUGGAUAUCACUUGCACCGUGGACAUGGAUCUGGAGCUAAUAGCUGGCUCAUUCAAUUGGAGGGAGGAGGAUGGAAUAUUGAGUGACAAAGCUCAAGAAAAUCCUGACUUCUUCAACUGGAAUAGAGUUAAGCUUCGUUACUGUGAUGGUGCUUCUUUCAGUGGAGAUGGCCAGAAUCAGGCUGCACAGCUUCAGUUUAGAGGGGAGCGCAUCUGGAGAGCCGCAAUAGAUGAUUUGAAGGCGAAUGGAAUGCGAUAUGCCAACCAGGCACUUCUCUCUGGAUGCUCUGCUGGUGGUUUAGCAGCAAUCUUGCGCUGCGAUGAGUUUAGGAACUUGUUCCCUGGAUCAACCAAAGUCAAGUGCUUGAGUGAUGCAGGCUUGUUCUUGGACACUGCCGAUGUUUCAGGCGGCCGCACAAUCAGGAACUUAUACAAUGGUGUCGUAGAAUUGCAGAGUGUGAAGAACAAUCUUCCACGUAUAUGCACAAACCAUCUCGAUCCAACCUCGUGUUUCUUCCCACAAAAUCUUAUCAGUCAGAUGAAAACUCCACUUUUUAUCAUCAACGCAGCAUACGAUACAUGGCAGAUUCAAAGCAGUAUAGCUCCAACAUCAGCUGAUCCUAGUGGGUUUUGGCAUGACUGCAGACUAAACCAUGGCAAAUGUACUCCUGCACAAUUGAGAUUCUUGCAAGGAUUCAGGGACCAGAUGCUUAGAGUAGUCAGGGGCUUCUCAAUGUCUAGACAGAAUGGAUUGUUCAUCAACUCUUGCUUUGCUCACUGCCAAACCGAGAGGCAAGAUACUUGGUUUGCCGAUGAUUCUCCUGUCAUCAGGAAAAAGGCGGUGGCAAUAGCUGUAGGAGAUUGGUAUUUCGAUAGAGCGGAAGUGAAGUUAGUCGAUUGCCCGUACCCGUGUGACAAGAGCUGCCACAACUUGGUGUUCAGAUGAUUCAUUGAUUAUGUUUCUUUCUUCUCUCAUAUAUACAUACCUUAGAAAAUUUCUUUCUUUCAAAAGGAAAGAUUUUGUAUCCUUGGUAGUAACCAAUGCCUCAUUGGUAUAUAUGAUUAAGUGUAUCCUGGAAAACCAUAAUAAAAAAAAACAAACAAACAAAGUUUGCUUAAAAAGAGUUCAAAUGUAAUCAAUCACAGAAAAAUGC